AUGAUCAUCGUCGACAUCCAUCUGCUCAUGCUCGUCGCCUGCCGUCGGUUGCCGAGACGAUCCUGCCGGGUCGGAAGUAGGCUGGCCCUGCUGGAGCCUUUUAAAAUAGGUGUCGUAGGCAGUGCGCUUCGUGUACUCUUUAGCCGUUGUCCGGUUCUGAAUAAGGUCGGCUUGCUUGAGUUCAUUGCUUCGGGGGUGAUGUCGAAAUGGUUCGCGAGUGCGGUAACAAAGUGCCCAAGUGCCGAUGAACCUAUGCACAACGGCAGUGGCCAGGUCUUCGAUAAGCCCAUUGGACAUGCCAGCGGAAACCCAAGUCGUAUGCGGGAAAAGCUCGGCCCAACUCUUCUUAGCGUCGAAAUCGAGGGCUUUGCUUCUCGUACCGAAGAAAUUGAAACCACAGACUUUCUUCAUUACGUCUGUUCAGACUUCUUCAUUCUUAGCACCACAAAAGGAUCAGAUUUUCCCAAGAUAUCUUUAGCUGGCAAACAUAAAUUUAAGAAACUGAGUGGGGAUAUAAGUUUGGUCAUCUCACCUGACCACGGUUUUUCUGGUCUUUCUGGAUCUCAAGAUCCUUCACCAGUUUCAACCACACAUCUUUAA